GCAACUCAAGCAACAUGGCUCCCUUUGAGAAAUCCAUGGAGAUGAUGCCCUUCAAGCAGAGGAAGUGCCUGGCAACGAGAAAAGAUGAAGUGUGCAGUAUUCGGUCUAAAUUCCCCAACAAGUUGCCUGUGAUUGUCGAACGGUACAUUCGUGAGAAAACUCUUCCCCUUCUGGACAAAACAAAGUUCCUGGUUCCUUUCGAGCUCACGUUGGGUCAGUUCCUCUGCUUGCUCAGAAAUAAGAUCGAUCUGGAGUCCAGCCAGGCUCUGUUCCUCCUGGUAGCAGAGAAGAGCAUGUCCUGCAUGUCCUCCAGCAUGGGGGAGGUCUACACGCGCUACAGCGACGCCGACGGCUUCCUCUACAUCACCUACGCCUCGCAGGAGAUGUUCGGAGCGUGUCGGCCGACGGACAGGCCGUCCUCCUGA